UGAUGGGGGCACUUUUCCCAUAGUUGACCGAAUCAGUACACAUUUCACAAAUCUCUGAACGUGGCACCACGUGUAAACAUACGACGACAUAAUCUCAUACAAAGCUCCGCUAAGCAUUCGCGGAGCUGGAACUCUAGAGCCAACUCCAAACUGAAUCUAUAAAUCUCGAUUCUCGUUACUUAAGGUGUUUUAUUCCAUCGUCGUGAGAGAAUCCGACUCGGUUCGCUAUGCUAGAAAGUGUGGAAGAAGGCUGUUCCUUGACCCUUUUCCGAUGUUAUGUUGGGCUGAUUACGUGUGGUCCUACAAUCUAAUUUUCAGCUAGGGAUUACUUAGACGGGAGGUGAAGGAGGCGAGAUGGGUUGGAGCAGAAAGCAUGCGGUGUAUGGUGAGCGGUAUAAUCCUGAGAAGCACCGGCGACCUGUCCCGGGAUCAAGACCUGAUCGCGAUGCAGGUGAAACUUCUGGAAUCGCGGAUAAUACCCGAGAGCUCGCAUUUGCUGCUGUUCUGGUUCUCGUGGGUAUUGCGGCGCUAUACCCAGCUUUACAUCAUAGGGGAAGCUCAUUGUCUUCGGAAAUAAAAGCAGCCAAAAGCACUCCAUUAAAUAUGAAGAAUUGGGUGAAUUUUACGUUGCUGGAGAGCCACAGAGUUGCACAUAACACGAGGAUUUUCAGGUUUGAGCUUGAUCCAAAAGCGAGCCUGGGCCUUCAACCGAUUUCUCAUAUCCUCGUGAGAGGUGAGGUCGUUAAUCGCCGUGGAAGGCUAGAGAAAAUAACACGCUCAUAUGUACCGGUUUCAGACCUGGGUGCGACAGGAUAUUUUGACUUACUGAUCAAGAUCCUCCCCGAUGGUAUGUUGAGUCAACGAAUUGCUCGUCUGAAUCCUGGUGAUUCACUUGAAAUGAGAGGCCCGGUCGUAGAGCUGCCUUACAAAGCCAACAUGAAAACACAUUUGGGUAUGAUUGCUGGUGAUAUUGGAAUCACCCACAUGGUGCAGUUGAUCAAGGCCAUCGUGUUAAAUCCCAAUGAUUAUACUCAGGUCUCGCUUAUCUAUGAAAAUGAAUCUCCAGAAGACAUUCUGUUGAAAGAGGAACUGGAUAAAUUAUCUCGAGCGUAUCCAAAUUUUAAGGUGUUUUAUACAGUAAAUAUUGCGGGUAGAGAAUGGGAGGGCGGUGUGGGACACAUCACGGCAGAAAUGAUUUACAAAGCACUACCACAUCCGUCUCCUAACACUCUCGUGCUGGUUGCCGGACCUUCAACCUUUAUGGACCGUGUUUGUGGAAGGAAAGACCAGGAACGGUACAGUGGCCAGGUGCUUGGACUACUCAAGCAGCUUGGCUACAAGAAGGAGCACGUCUAUAAAUUUUAGAGAAUCAAGUACCCACUUGUUCCGUCACUCCACAUUUGCCUCAUUCCGUGCAUGUUAACUCCCAUUGACAUUAUACUAUCUUAAAAGCUUUCUCGUUUAGGGACUAGUUUUAUUCUUCUGAGAGGCUAGAACGUCCAGGGACCUUGUAUUUCUCAGUGAUUUGCCCUGGAAUGGGAAAACAUGUAUGUACAGUAAAAGUACAAAUAAUCGACCACUCUGGAGUUCGUGUGUUUGUGCAAUCCUAA